GUUGCAUUUUUCUGUAAUUGUAAUUUGUCCAAACAGAAAUGGCUCUUUUUCUUAACGCUUCCUUGUCUUCAACUUCCAAACCUCAUCGUCACAAUCUCUUGAAAUCGAAACCUUCCUUUUCAACCACCUCAGCAACUCAUCUUCCUCUGUUUCUUCUGGCACCUAAUCUGAAACAACAAGUUUCUCAAAAACUCACAUUAUCAUCAUUUGGUGCAUCAGUUUCUAGUGCUACCCUUGUUGCUCUUCUAUCUGCUUCUCUUUUCUUUGUUGAUCCCGCACUAGCAUUUAAGGGUGGAGGGCCAUAUGGUCAAGGGGUUACUAGGGGACAAGAUCUUUCCGGGAAAGAUUUCAGUGGCAAGACACUCAUCAAGCAAGACUUCAAAACGUCCAUACUGCGACAGGCCAAUUUUAAAGGUGCAAAUUUGUUAGGUGCUAGCUUCUUUGAUGCUGAUUUAACAGGUGCUGAUCUUUCAGAUGCUGAUCUUAGAAGUGCAGACUUUUCCCUUGCAAAUGUGACAAAGGUAAAUUUGAGCAAUGCUAACUUGGAAGGUGCACUUGUAACGGGAAAUACAUCUUUUAAGGGAUCAAAUAUUACAGGCGCUGAUUUCACUGAUGUGCCACUAAGAGAAGAUCAGCGCGAAUACCUCUGCAAAAUUGCUGACGGAGUGAACUCAACAACUGGAAAUGCUACACGCGAUACAUUGCUGUGCAAUUAGUAUUCCAUUGCCGAGUAUCAAACUGUAACUUUUGAAUUUCUUAGAUAUAAACAACAAAUAAACAAAUCCAUUAAAGUUGAAUAUAAUGUAUAUCAUGUCAAAGGUGAGGUGAGAUUAACUUUCCAUUUAUGAAAGAAAAUCAAAUAUUUUGUCGUA